CGCGCGUUCCGCCACCAACGUCCAUUAUGCGUUUCAGAGCUACCAUAGAGAAUGCCCCAAUUUUCUAUCGUCUUAUACAAGCGGUGGAAAAAUUACAGAAAACAUGUAUCAUGAAGUUCACCGAAACCGAGAUGCACGUCAUUUGCAACGAUGAUGCGAACGAAGGUGGAAUUCAAGUUUGGUCCGUCGUGAAGGUCGACACCAUGUUCACAUCAUACCGAAUUCAAUCCAAUGCAGAUAAUGCAAUAACCUUGACACUGUCUACAGAAGCACUGUUAUCAGCUCUUCGAUCGUCUUCUUCAUCAGCAUCGUCGUCCUCUGUAGCGGCUGCUAUCCUUCCUUCGUACGACGCUGAUGAAGUCGUCAUGAAGCUUGCUAAGAAAAACGAGCAGGCCGUGUUGAGCUUCGAGAUGUACGGGAUAUCUAGGACAGGACGCAAAGUCCGGGUUGCGCACGACGUACGUAUAGACGUGAUACGACCAGCUGAAAGCGAUAAACUCCACGAACCACGGUGCCCAGACCCAGAGGUUCAUGUCUUACUCCCCCCUCUACUAAAAAUUCGUACCAUAGUGGAGAGGCUACGUCCGCUCUCAGACGUUCUUGCACUGCGCGCGAACAACAGUGGUAUCCUUCAAUUAUGUAUCAAUACCGACACCGUAAAACUCGAGACACAGUGGGUCAAAUGCGGUAAUCCAUCAAUGGCCAACGACAUAGCCCAGAACGAUGAAAACGAUGAUGCAGAAGACAUCUCACUAAAUAAGCCCGAUCCUGACAAAAUGUUUUGCGUGCUUGUCUCCAUCCGGAGCUUCCUCAAGUUUUUGAACAGUCAUGUUGUAUCCGCCACCACCAUCUUGUGUUUAUGUCACAAUCACUGUGCUAUCUUGUACGUCUACAUCGGCGAGAUAGCUGACGCAGGAGGCGUCCUCACGUACUAUAUUCCAACCGUCAUCGAUGGCGACGAGUAAUUUUAAAAGAUAAUUCCUUCCUUCCAUCAUGCUUACCAGAUGAUAACGUGUUUUAGGGGGGUAAAUCUCUGUCCACUUUAACUCACUUAAUAUAAC